AUGCCACCAACGAGGAUGUUCAACAAGAAUCUCAACAUCAACCCUUUCAACAACGUCGUCGUUUCGUCAUUCUCACUGAGGAAACACCACAAGGUUCUCUCGCCCAACAUCCUCGACUUCCCCGCACUUGUUCUCAGCCCCAUCACACCCCUCAUACCUGACCCCUUCAAUCGUUCCCGUUCUGUUAGCAAAAACGGUGUUGUUGUGGUUAUGGACACUGCCGAAGCUGAUGAAGAGAAAGCCAUGAAGGAGAAAAGGUUCUUCUUGCACCCUUCUCCCGCAUCCAUUUCCUGCGACAUAAAGCCUUGCCUUUUGCCCCUUUUGCCCCUUUUCCCCACCACCACCACCGCCACUGCGUCCCCAGGUUCUGGUUCUUCUAUUAAUUUUUAUUGA